AUGCUUCCUCUACCGCUGCCUGCAUUUUUUAUUCUAAUUUUCAUUUUACAGGUUGAAUCUAAACCUGGUAUUGGAGCAUUCAGGGUGGACGGAGGGGAAUUAAGGAUAGUUAAUGGUUCUCUUCUCCUACAUACAGAUGGAACUGAUCUACAGUUAUAUUGUAACCUACAGGAGGAGGCCUGGAAUGCCUGCAUUUGGUAUAGGCCGAAUAGCUCUCAGAACUGCGUUAUAGCUUCACAGUUAGAGAGGGAGAAGUAUUGUAAAUCUGGACCAGAUGAAUCUAAAUGGUCUAUAUCUAAGAACGAGAAUAAUUCCUGCAUUAUAUCAAUCAAACAAACAAAUAUACGAGACUCUGGACACUGGUCCUGUCUCCUAGUUCCUAGUAACUCUGCGGAGAAUAAAACGGUUACAGUUUCCUUACUCCGGGAUACUCUUAACACACAGAUUCAUCUGGAUAGGACUGAGUUAAACCUUACUCAGGGAGAAGAAACUAAUGUGACUUGUCACGUGCACUCAAAGGUUCGGAGUUUUCCUACAUUACUCUGGAGAGGAGCAGGAGCUGGAUUAAACACUGUUAAUGCUAAUCUAUCCUACUCCCAGGAUGGGAUUUCGUACUGGAAUCUGACAAGUACAGUACAGUUAACUGCAGAACUGAAAACCAGUUCGUUUAUUCAAUGUCGUGUGGUUCUGUUCGAUGAUCUGGGCAACCAGGAUAUACAACAAACACCUCAGAUAAAGGUGAGUGUGAACCCUACUCCGGUAGGACCUGGAGACCGUAGGUUCCAGGACUGGGAGCUAGGAUUACUAGUUGGUAUUCCUCUUCUUCUCAUCCUAAUCCUAGUUCUAAUCUUUAUAUUCUGUAUCUGGUUCAAUAGUAUUCUCUGCUUCAGGAAAAAGGAUGAAAAAGAUGAGAAUGCUCCGAGGGUUUAUAAUCUAGAAAAUGAUAAAACCCUAUCCCAGGAUUCCCUGGGAAACCUGCAGGAUUUAAAACCUACUAUUCCAUAUCUCAGGAUAACACCUACAGCUGAUAACCCGGAGAAGAAUAAUGGAACCUGGAGUGGAUCAUAUCUCUCUACAGACUCAGAGAGUCAGAGUACACAGCUAUCCCAGGGCCCCCUUUCCUUCUCUCUCCCCUGGGACCCCUACUCAGGGUGCCCUGACACCCCUGCGGUAUUCUCUUACGAGGGUUCAGAUAGAAUAGGCUCCGGAGACCUUUCUUUUCUCUCAGCCACUUCUUCCGAGAACCUGGAGAACCUGAACCUGGGAGAACAGUUCCGUUCUCUAGGUUCUCCGUUCUCCCAUCUAGCAUCGCUAUACCGGAGUAACGAUUCGUCCUGCUCCGAGAGUGAUGAACCAGUGUAUAAACCUAAACCUAGUAAACGGGGAAUAAACAAUAAACCUUCCAAAGAUAUAAAACCCCGGUCAGAAGAGAAAGUGCGUCCAAAAGCAACUCAACCUACACAACGAGGACAAAAGCAAUUGAUUCAGCUUCCAGAAAGUUGGGUUUGAUCAUGAUAAAAAAGAAUAUGUUUAUUAAACAUUUAUAAGACAUUCAAAAAAUAUUUCUUAUAUAAAAACUGUUAGUAAUAUUUAAAUAAAGCAAUAUUUCUAAAACACAAAAGUGGAAAACAAUAUUAAAAACAUAUCAAGUUAGUUCUGUCUCUAUUUUCUUAAAUUAUUUGAGUUAAAACAGAUUAAUUGUAAUUUGUGAAAACUAUUUUUUAUUCAAUCAAUUUUAACCCUUAAGUUUACCUAUUGGAGCCUUUAAAAACUAUUCCCGAUUUUUUAAGACUUUUUGUUCCACAUUUUUAACUAGUUAAAACUUGGAUGAAAAAGUCAACUUUUUUUACUAUUUUUGUUCCAAGUUUUUUACUAGUUCAAAACUGGAAUAAAAAAGCCGACUUUGUUACGACUUUUUGUCCCAAGUUUGUGAACUAGUUUUUAAAAGUUGACUUUUAUCCGACUUUAAAGUCGACUUUUUCUAAACUAGUUUUAAACUCGUAUUCCAUCGCAGUUCUCUUCGCUUCGGUAUGUUUGGUUUAAUCAAUCUUAAACUAUUUAAUCUCUCAAAAUUACAUUUCAAAUUUUUUUAAUUUUAUAUAAUAAAUUGAAUUUAAAAAAGAGCAAUUUAUCUAAAAUAGAAGUCCGUGCCUAUGUAUCUAAAUGCAUUUUUGCUAGUUUGACCACUUAUUUCACGUACUCUAAUCCGGAAGUGUUAAGUGUAGUUUAUUCUACUAAACGUACCUAGUUCAAUUACUUCUCACCUAUGAUUUUGUAAACCAGAGGAAUGGGAAAUGGACCAUUUUGUAGAUAUCAAUAUUUUGUUAUAUAAUUUUGUUUCACUUUCGUUUUCUUUUUUAAUUUGUAUGUCUUUUAAUUCAGAAUCUACUAAAGUGUGUAGUGACUAACAAAAAGGAGACGUUGAGUGGUGAGGUUCGGAAUUGGAACUGCUCAGUGCUUAAAUUUAACUCUAGUGCCCUAAUCCUCAAAUCUUUAGAACGAAUUCUUCAGAACUAUUUGUCAACGGUUAAAAUAUUUAAGGUUUACGCCA